AUGGAAGGCAUUGACUUUGAUGAAACUUUUGCCCCUGUUGCACGAUUAGAAUCAGUUAGAUUGCUUCUUGCCAUUGCUUGUCAUUUGAAAUUUAAACUUUAUCAAAUGGAUGUCAAAACUGCCUUUUUAAAUGGUGUCCUAAAUGAAGAGGUCUAUGUUGAGCAGCCAAAGGGUUUUGAAGAUCCACAUCAUCCAAAUGAUGUGUUUCGUUUAAAAAAGGCUCUCUAUGGUUUAAAACAAGCUCCUAGAGCAUGGUAUGAGAGGUUAUCCUCUCAUCUUCUAGGAAAUGGGUAUGUUCGAGGGUCCGUUGAUAAAACAUUGUUUGUGAAAAGGUUUAAAAAGGAUGUCUUGAUUGCUCAAGUGUAUGUUGAUGAUAUUGUGGUUGGUUCUACAUCUGAUUUGCAUGUUCAAGAUUUUAUUCAUGUCAUGACUAGUGAAUUUGAAAUGAGUCUUGUCGGUGAGCUUAAUUAUUUCUUAGGUCUCCAAAUUAAACAGAGCCAUGAUGGGAUCUUUGUAUCCCAAUCUAAAUAUGCAAAAAAUCUUGUGACAAAAUUUGGUUUGGAAGGAGCCAAAUCUGCAAGAACUCCAAUGAGCACUAGUGCUAAGAUUCAUAGAGACUUGCAUGGCAAAAGUGUGGAUCAAACUCUCUAUAGAAGCAUGAUAGGAAGUCUUCUCUACUUGACUGCUAGUAGACCUGACAUUUCCUUUAGUGUUGGUGUAUGUGCUCGGUUUCAAAGUGACCCAAAGAGUCUCACUUGUUUGCUGUUAAGAGAAUUAUAA